AUGGAGAGGGAACUUCAUAUCAAAGUAGCUGCUAUUUGUGAUGGAGAAACAUUCAAUGCUUAUAGUAUUCCAUCCAAACCAAUUUCUCAAGGAGCAACCAUGGUGCAUGUAGCUAAUUCUUAUGACUUUUCUUUAAAUUUUGAUGAUCCUAUCAUCAUGGCUCACAUGAAGGCUCACAGACUGUUCCAACGAUUUGCUGCUGUAGUCUAAGGAUUCAUCGACACUCCACCAAUUUAUAGAGAGAAAUAUCCAGCGAGGAAGGGAGGGCGCAAUCAUUCACAGCAAUUUCUGGUUGAGGACUUCAAACCUGUAUUGGAAGAAUCAUUUUCUGCAUUUUUCCACUUAAAUGACUCAAUAUUAAGAUAA